CUCACAGCAGCUCUACUGAUACAGUGACAAAGCAUGGCUCCCUGUCUACCAAUGCAGAAGGCUGAUAGCCAGGCUGAAAAUGGAAUGAGAAAGCUCAGGAAGCCAGUGAUUGAGAAGAUGAGGAGAGAUCGAAUUAACAGCAGCAUUGAGCAGCUCAGGAUGUUACUGGAGAAAGAGUUUCACAAACAGCAUCUUCCAUCCAAACCAGAGAAAGCGGAUAUUCUGGAGAUGACAGUGACCUUCCUGCAGCAGCAAUUGGCUGGGAAAACUGUGAUAAACCCAGGCCAAGCCCACACUGAAGGCUACUGCAAAUGUGUCCAGGACUCUUUGAAUUAUCUGUCAUGUUACGAUGGUCAGAGUCACCAACAGAUAAAGCAAUUUCAACCUCCUCAAUUUGCAUCCCAAGACAUGUCCCAUGUGACAUUGCACUCCUCUCCAUCGUCUGUAAACUCUGCUCACAACUGGAAUGGGCAAUUUCUGCCAAACACCACCAAGAGCUUAUGGAGACCGUGGUAAUGGUAUGAAGACGGUCCUUCAAAAAGACUUCAAACAUUUAUGGAAAAGCAGCUUUGAAUGUACUUAUACCCGAGAUGUAUUCUCCAAUGUGAACAAAGUAUGUUUGUCAGAGUUAGCUUAAUAUCUGCAAACUAGACCCCAGAGACAACUAGUAGAUGCCUCUCUACCUAUGGCAAAACUAAAUUUCCCAUGAUGCAUUGUGGGCAUUUAAUUUUAUAAGUGCAGGACAAACUGUUGACCGGUUAUGCACAAAAGUAAAAAAAAAUUGUAGAACUUUGCACAUUUUAUAUUUUUAAUAUUAAGGGUUUAUCCGAGAUUGAAUUUUUUUUUUUUAAAUGUAAAAGAGAACUCACAAAUCUCAAGAUUUGUAAUAAUCUGUUUUACUUAUCCCUUAAAUUUAGCAAAAAUAUUUUUUAUGUGUUCUGGAAAAUUAAAUUACAUGUAGAAAUCCGCACAUCUAUCCUGAAACUCUAUUGGCUCCCAGUCAAAUGUUCCACUUUUUAGCCUUUAAACAUAUUAUGUGUUCUCCCCCUCUAACGCUUAGUGUCCCCUGGCUGUGCCAGAGAAGUGCCAGUUUCACUUUAAGACAUAUACAUAUCCAAGGUUUAACUCUGUAGGAGCCAGAGGUACAUGAGUAACCCCUGUUACCUGAAUUGGUUAAACCUCUAAAGUUGUGCAAUAUUUGCAUCAUAUUAUUAUGGUACAGAACGUUUUUUUUUUUUUUUUUUAAUGAAGUCUGUUUACAUCGGCAAUCUGUAUCAUUAUUUAUCUGAUUUCAAAUGAGAUGAUAUUUUGUAUAUCUUCAGUUAAGAGAUAAUAUAUAAUAUAAUGAUCUAUUUCCUUUAAUAGGAAUUACAUUAACAUGUUGCGCUGAGUCUGUGGUGCACAAUGGGUUAAUGAGUCCUCCUUUCUAUCGAUGAGUGUUUGUCUCUGUGGAAAGGGGGAUGUUUUUUUCUCAAUGAAAAAACAACAUUAUUUCUGUGAAAUGAACCUUUUUUUUUUAAUUAUUAAAUGAGUUGUUGUGUUAUGUUGUACAGUGCCAGUAAUAACUUUAUGGUAUAUUGCUGUAUUGCCUCAUCCUGAUGUUUUUGACAUGAAUGCAAGUGAAUAAAUGCAAAACAAAUU